AUUUCACCUUGUUCUUGUCAUUCUUAGUUAGCUUUCAGAAAGAAGGCGUCAGAGAAUUAAUUAUUUUUUGCGAGAAAAAUGCAAUAAAUUUAAUCAAAUUGGCUGGUGUACGAAAAACAAAACUGCAAAACGAAACGAAAAAACCAAAACAAACGACAAAAACGCAGAAAUAUAACAUAAGUGUCAAAUUAUAAAGCAAAUAAGAAAUCAAUACCGAAUAAACAAAAAGCAAUAAUAACAAAAAUAUUGUCAAUCAAUUUACUUAGAAAAAAGGAAAUAAAUAAAUCUGUGUACACAAAAGCAAGGCUAUGACAAACCAAGGCCAUUUUUACAAAGGACUAAAGACCAUUUAACUGGUUGGCGUUAAGAUCUAUAUCGUUUGUAAUAAUGCAAAGAAGACUACUGUAUACGACGACGACGACUCAUAAGGCAAAACAUCAACUGUGGGCUUAUCAACAAACUAAGAAGGCAAAAGUAUUGGCAGCCUCAAUACGAGAUAGUAAAACGUUGCUGCCGAUAGGUUUACAAAUCAGAAACAUUUGAUUAGAGAUACACACUACUGACCAAUUCAAAGCAAAAUAUCGAAAAUAUCCCCAACAACUUUCUUUUGUGAUAUUCUUUGUACGCACUCGAUACACUUAAGCAACAGACAAAAGGUUAAAUUCAGCAUCAACAUUAUACGCCAAUUGUUAAAGGGUUCCGUGCUUAGAUUACUGGCUGUUACCUCACUAACAUUAUCCCUGUCCUCAUCGUCUUCACUAACCGCCAAACUGUUGUCAUUAUUUCUAACUUCAAGGGAAACGGGAGUCCCUAGUGUCGGCAGUAGUCGAUUUUCCGCCUUUGUCAUGUCGGGCAUUGAUGAUGAUGAGUUGGACACAAUUGCCGAUGUCAUGGGCUUACGUUCACAGAGUCGUCUGGACAACUUUCGUGAGAUGUGGUAUCACAUUUUCCUCUGGGCAUUAUUUUCGUCAAUAUUUAUACACACAUGUGCCGCCCUUGUAGCGUUUGUAACGCUGCGCAAACAUAAGUUUGGUCGUUUCUUUUCAAUAUUGAUCUUGGUCAUGGGCUUCCUGUCGCCAGCAUUGAGCGGUAUCAUCAGCAGUGCGGUCAUAGCAUUUGUACAUCGUGCCUCAAGCCUGCCCAUGUCUCCGAUAUAUGCCAUGGUAUGGGGCGUGGGACAAACUGUAGUCUCAGCGUGUCUAGGAUUCACACGCAUAUUGGCUACAUUGUAAAAAUGAAACGUUUACAUCUAUAUUAGUGUUACAUUAUACAUAAAUCAUCGUCACUUUUCAUACGAGCAGGGGCACAUUUGCUCCAUAUCCUACACCACUAGGAAUUGAGCAAAAAAAAAAAAAAACCGGGUUUUUUAAGGAAUGAUUAGAAAAUCCACUGUCCGAUUUCAACAAUUGCUGAAAUUUUAGUGAGGGAGCCGCAAUAAUUGUUUUACAUUUACCUUCUCUGAAAGUUAUGAUUCUUAGGUGGUUUCCUUGGAAUCUCCACUGAUAUAGCAUUUAAUUUCAUAAAUCCAUUUUAUUUAGAUAUUAUUUUAAAAUGUAAUAGUGGUGCAGGAUAUCAUUCAGUCGGUUCUACCAGACUUUUAUCAUUCUUGUCGGUUAUUAUUUUUCCAUGUGUAAAACUAUUGUAAAAAGUCGUUCCUUCUUUUGUUUUUUGUCUGUCUCCUUCAUUUAGCUUAAGUAGUAAACCGCGUGUUCGUUCCACAAUUAUGUCCUUGUGGAUUUCAUACAUUUCGGAUUACACUUGGGAUGUUCUCGGUCAUUCCAGAAGUUAUUAGAAAAUUUUUUGUGAAAAAAUAUAACUAAAACGAUGUUAAAUUUUAAAAUGAAUUAAAAUGCAGUUUUAACUUUGAUUAUCUGCAUAUUGUUACGGACUAUUCUUGUAAAGUGGGCCAAUCACUUUAGUUUGGUAUUUCGAAAAUCAUUUUUUUUAAUUCUAAACGAUAUCGAAAUUAGCCUCACAUUUCCCAAGGACGAACUAUAAUUACAAAUAUCAAAAAAAAAAUAUCUCCAUCGAAAUUUAUAAUUAUAAAUCAUAAUCCUAGUUCACAUAUACAUAUGUAGCGAACAAAAAAGCCAAAAAUACCAUUAACAAUAUAAAACGAAAGCCAUUGUAAACCAUAACUAUAUAAUAUCAACAUAAGAUCUUUAAUCACGAAUACCCCCUCUAUACAUAGCCACAUUCAUCAAUUUUAUUGAUGCGUCUACUUAUAAUUAGAAUUCUAAAAUUAAAAUGAUAUCAACAAUAUAAAAAAAUGAGGAAAUAAAAUUAGAAUAAACUAGCAAA